CUUCCGGUCUCCGUACUGGAAUUUCAACUGCAUGACGUCAUUUACUCUGCCGACGAGAAAGUUGGUAUAACUCGAAUAGGGCUGACUUGCUUCUAGAGAAGCCUGGAUUUGUUACGGAGUUCUGGAAGUGGCCUGGAAGACGGAAUCUAUAACGAUGUGCCAUGCAUUUCGGUUAAUACGCACUAAAUAGAUGCCUGGACCAUCAUGCGGACUUUCGCAAAAAAAUAAAAAUAAAUAACAACAAGCAAUUAGAUGGAGGAACGGGAAGGUGAAGAGGGGUGUCACUGCGUGGGUUGCGGUGGGAGGAUCCUGGAUACAUUCUACGUGACAGUUCUCCAGGAGUCUUGGCACAACGCCUGCUUCCAGUGCUCGGAGUGCUGCGACCACCUGACCAACUGGUACUAUGAGAAGGACGGCAAGCUCUACUGCCGCAGCCACUACUGGGAGAAGUUCGGGGAGCUGUGUCACGGAUGCUCCCUGCUCAUGACCGGACCGGCCAUGGUGGCCGGAGACUACAAAUACCACCCGGAGUGUUUCGUGUGCCUGAGCUGCAAGGUGGUGAUCGAAGACCGAGACACGUACGCCUUGGUGGAACGCUCCAAACUUUACUGCGGGAAGUGCCACAAGCAGAUCGUCCUGACGCCCGUGCUGGAGAAGCUGUCGCCGGACUCGGCCCUGGACUCCCUGCCGCACACGGUCACCCUGGUCUCCAUGCCCGCCGCCACCAACGGCAAGAGGGGCUUCUCCGUGUCCGUCACCAGGGACUGCACCGGCACCACCACCGGCGUGCAGGUCAAAGAGGUUCUGUGGAUACACAUCAGUCCCGAGGUUCGGAAUGCCAUCCACGUCGGCGACAGUAUCCUGGAGAUCAACGGCCUGCCCGUGGGCUCGCUGAUGGAGGAGGAGGUGGAGGACCUGAUCCACCGGACCAGUCAAACACUGCAGCUGCUGAUCGAGUAUGAUCCAGUCAGGCAGCGGCUGGACAGGCUCAGGCUGGGGUCCUCGCAGGUCCGGCUUGGGAUGCCGGCGGCCUCCCGCAUGCGUCUGUCCUCGCCCUCCAGGACGGAGCUGGAGAGGACGGACAGCAUCGGGGAGGGCUCCCUGAAGAGACGCUCGCUGAGGCGCAGCAACAGCAUCUGUAAGUCUCCGGGCCCGGGGUCCCCCAAAGAGCACCCCGCGCUGUCCCGGGACAUCGGACGCUCCGAAUCCCUGCGCUCCUACAGCAGCUGCUCCCACCGGAUCUUCCGCCCCUGCGACCUCAUCCACGGGGAGGUGCUUGGGAAGGGCUUCUUCGGUCAGGCCAUUAAGGUGACGCACAAGGCUACGGGCGAGGUGAUGGUGAUGAAGGAGCUGAUUCGCUGCGAUGAGGAAACCCAGAAAACGUUCCUAAAGGAGGUCAAAGUGAUGCGGAGUCUGGACCAUCCCAACGUCCUGAAGUUCAUUGGAGUGCUGUACAAGGACAAGAGACUGAACUUAAUCACGGAGUACAUCGAGGGAGGCACGCUGAAGGACUUCAUUAGGGACAUGGAUCCGUUUCCGUGGAAGCAGAGGGUCAGUUUCGCGAAGGGCAUCGCCUCCGGGAUGGCUUAUCUGCAUUCGAUGAGCAUCAUCCACAGGGACCUCAACUCUCACAACUGCCUCGUCAAACUGGACAACACGGUCGUGGUGGCGGAUUUCGGGCUCUCCCGCCUGGUCGUGGAGGAGAAGACCCGCCCCCCGCCGGCCGAGAAGCCCUCCAACAAGAAGAGGAACCUGCGGAAGAUCGACCGCAGGAAGCGCUACACGGUGGUGGGCAACCCCUACUGGAUGGCCCCGGAGAUGCUGAACGGUAAACGAUACGACGAGAAGGUCGACGUCUUCUCCUUCGGGAUCUUGCUUUGCGAGAUUAUCGGUCAGGUGUACGCAGACCCAGAAUGUCUCCCCAGAAACAUGGAUUUCGGACUCAACGUGGAGAAGUUCUGGGAGAAGUUUCUUCCGGAAGAUUGCCCACCUGGGUUUUUCCCGCUGGCCGUGGCUUGCUGUGACCUCAUCUCUGAAAACCGGCCGGCCUUUGAGAAGCUGGAGGACUGCUUCGAGGCCCUGUCCCUCAACCAGGACCUGGGCAUCCCCCUGCCGGCCGAGCUGGAGGAGCUGCACCAGAGCCUGUGCCGCCUCCACGAAAGCAAACAGAACCAGGGUGCCGUCCCGCUGCAGCCCCCCGAAGAGCCGGAGGGCCUGGACAACAGCGGGACCUAGCCUGUCCCCACCCUCACCCAACUCAUCCA